ACAACUGCACGUCUCGAGGCUGGAGGGCGAGGCGGGGACGCGAUAAAGAACUCGUUACAGAAGCCACUCGUCCAUUGGUCUCCGGAGCGCGGCGCGGCGAGGGUUCACAGCUUCCAGUGUUCCGCAAAGUGCUACUGGUUGCCCUCCGCUACUUCACCGUACGCCACUGGUCCUGUUCUUGUCCCUGGUGGUCGGGGUGUCGUUCCUGGUAUUCUGCUGUAGUCUUGCUGGUGACAUGAGGCUCGCGGUGAUGCUGAUGGCGGUGGUGGUGGUGGCGGUGGUGGGCGUGGCGCAGGGGAAGAUAUUCAGCAAGUGUGAGCUGGCGAAGGAACUUGAGACCAUUCACCACAUUAAGAGAGACGACGUUAAGAACUGGGUCUGCAUUGCCCAGUACGAGUCCACCUUCAACACCGCUGCCAUUAACCACGCCAACUGGGACGGCAGCAAGGAUUACGGACUCUUCCAGCUGAACAACAAGUACUGGUGUGGGGACGAGUCAGGUGGGAAGAACGUGUGCGGCAUCCCCUGCUCUGCUCUCCUGGACAGCGACUUGACCGACGACCUGCGGUGUAUUAAAAAGAUCAUCCGGGACACUGAGAGGUGGAAGGGGAAGGGAACAGCCCUGACGGCGUGGGUCGCCUAUGUCAACAAGUGUCAGAACAGGAACCUUGAUGAGUAUAUGUCCGAGUGCUGGAAGACGGACACGGCCUCCAACACCAUCUGGGUGAAGGACGAGUCUUCCAUCAACGCGCUGCCCAACACAGAAAACGCGCCCAGUGCAGGGGAACACUGGCCCAUCAUCAACAACGCCCGGGUUCCCAACAAGGUCAUCAGCAACAUGCAUCCCGUCUAUAGGUACCAGCCUGUGUACCCCUCGAGUUUCAGAACACGCUCAUAUCCUUUUUACUUCCAUUGAGUUUGCUAAGAAAUAGUAGCUUGUCGCCAAACGGGGCUCUAGAGGCUGUGGUCCCAUAGCCUAACUAUAGCCCCAUAAAACCCCCCAAGACGAAGUAGUUUGUCGCCUUUCUAUGCCAGUUUUGUACCGUAGCGUAGAAGAAUAGGCGUGGUGACUAUCAACAUCUACCCUUCUGUGAUUGACAAGGCUAUCUAUGCAAAAAUAUAUAUCAAACGUCAGUUUAUAUAUCAACAAGAUUUUAAAGUCAUGUCAGUGUGCAAUAUUUGACUUGGAAUUUAAUUUUGGAUGGUUUCCUAGUGUUGUUAUAGGCUCAUAACUGUUGAAAGAAUUGUUUAUGACAUUAUCGAAAUAAAUGUUAACCAAAUACAAA